CUGGUCACAUGAUACAAUUAUGGCGGACGAAGUACCUGUCGUUACCGUUCAGACGGAUCAAGGAUUUGAAAGGUUAAAGAAGUUGACUGAAAAGUUCAAAGAAAAGUUUGAUUGUGAACCAAACUUCUAUGGAAGAGCCCCAGGAAGGGUCAAUUUAAUUGGUGAACACAUUGAUUACUGUGGUUACUCGGUGUUGCCUAUGGCGAUAGAACAGGAUGUUGUUAUUGCUGUGGCUACAACAGAAUCUCAAGAUGUUUUAUUAACAAAUAUGAAGAGUGAAUUAUAUAAUGACUUUGUAUUUACUGUCAACAAUGUGAACAUUAACAAGGAUAAACCUCAGUGGCAGGACUACUUCCAGUGUGGAUUUCUGGGAAUGACAGAGCACCUUAAGCUCUCCUCCCCACCCCGGGGAAUGAAGUGUAUGGUGGAUGGGACAGUCCCCCCAAGUUCUGGCCUCUCCAGCUCCAGCGCUCUUGUUUGUUGUGCUGCCCUGGUUACAAUGUAUGCCAACGGGAAAAGUCUGCCAAAGAAAGAGUUGGCAGAUAUGUGUGCUAAAUGUGAGCGUUAUAUUGGAACACAGGGAGGUGGCAUGGAUCAGGCAAUAUCAUUUAUGGCUCACAAAGGAACAGCAAAAUUGAUUGAUUUCAACCCACUGAAGGCAACAGACGUCUACCUGCCUGAUGGAAUUUCAUUUGUGAUCUCAAACAGCUGUGUAGAGAAAAAUAAGGCAUCAUCAUCAGAAUUCAACACCAGGGUCGUAGAGUGCAGAAUUGCCACUCAGAUUCUAGCCAAACAGAAAGGUCUUCAAUGGGCUGAUUUUCAGCGUCUAGGAGACGUACAGAAAGCCCUGAAUAUAAGCCUUCCUCAGGCAGUAAAACUUGUAAAGGAGGUCCUUCACAAGGAACCAUACACUCGCUCAGAAAUCUGUCAGAUUCUGGACAUGAAGGAGGAGGACUUUGUCAGCAAUAUCCUUAGUGCUAGGACUGCCCAAGUGCAAUCUUUCAAGCUGUUUCAGCGAGCCACUCAUGUCUUCUCUGAGGCUGGGAGGGUCUUGUCCUUUAAACAUAUCUGUGAAGAGGCAGACCCUCAAGCUUCACAGAAACUCGGGAAACUGAUGAAUGAAAGCCACACCAGUUGUAGGGAUAUGUAUGAGUGCAGCUGCACUGACCUGGACAACCUCGUCAAUAUUUGCUUGGAGGCUGGUGCUCUAGGAUCUCGACUGACAGGAGCAGGCUGGGGAGGCUGUGCAGUUUCCAUGGUUCCAACCAAUCAUGUGAUGGACUUUUUGGUCAAAGUCAAGAAAAACUUCUAUGACAAAAAUCCAUCAAAAGCGUCAAUGGUUGGAAAAUCUUUAUUUGCCACACAGCCAGGAUCAGGGGCCCAGAUUUACUUACCUAACAUUGCUUGAUGAAAAUAAUUGAUACAAGAUUAAAAGUAGCUGUUAUAUUGAAUAUGGUGCCAUAGAUUAAUUGCCAUAUACCUGUGUACAUUUGAACACAUAAUUCAUACAAAAUUGGUCUGUGUUAUUAUUUUUGUUUCUGUAAAUUUGUAAUUACAUGUAUGGGUUUCACUACCAAGGGAUAUAGCAUCCAAAAUAUCACUUCUUAUAUGUCUCAAUAAAGUGUAUUCCAUUUCA